AUGGCUACUAUCAUCAAACGUGGAUUUGCCACCAGCGCCAAUUUGGCCAAGUCAGCGCAAUUGGUCAAGACACCAAUUCAAGUGAGUUUUUUUAUUGAUCUUAUUAACAAACGAAAAUAAAUCUGCUUCAGGUCCAUGGAAUCGAGGGAAGAUACGCUGCCGCUCUCUACUCAGCCGGUCACAAGCAAAACAAACUCGACCAAAUCUCCAGCGAUCUCAACAACAUUCGCGCCGUCUACAAAGACAACAAGAAAUUCCAAGACUUCGUUUUGGACCCAACUUUGAAAGCGUUGAAAAAGAAGACCGCCAUCGAAACCAUCUCAACAAAACUCGGACUCACCAAAGAAACCGGAAACUUCCUCGGACUUUUGGCUGAAAAUGGGCGAUUGAACAAACUUGAAUCGGUUGUUACAUCAUUCGAAUCAAUCAUGAGAGCUCACCGUGGUGAACUUUUCGUUCAAGUCACAUCUGCUGAAGAACUUUCGUCUGGAAACCAAAAAGCUCUUUCUGAUGCUUUGAGCAAGGUUUGUUGAAUGAUUUUGGAAAAAUUAUCGGAAAACGUGACCCAAAAAUAUUACAAUCAUUUUCAACAUUGUUGCCGACUAGAAAUCACUAGAAAAAUUAAAUUUGAAUUAUUUUUCUACUAGAAUCAACUGAAAAAUUUGGUGCUUUUCAGGAGAAUUUCAGCGCUUGUGGUCAAUAAAUUUCUUGAACAAAUGUUUAAAACUUGACUAGAAAAUAUUGAACUAUUUUUAAAAAAUUUUCUAGAUUGAAAUUAAGCCCAAGAAACUUGAAAAUUCUUCUGAAACCUUCCAAAUAUCGAGUCACUUCAUUUAAAAAAUUCCAAAAAUCUACUAUAUAAAAUUCACCAAUUGCUCAUUUUUCAGAUCGGAAAAUCAGGCCAAAAAUUGACCAUCACAUACGCUGUCAAACCAUCAAUUGUUGGAGGACUUGUCGUAACUAUCGGAGACAAAUAUGUCGAUUUGUCAAUUGCUUCCCGCCUCAAAAAAUACAAGGAUGCUCUCGCGACCGCAAUCUAA